AUGAGUGUCACCAGCGGUAGCCUUAACUUCGAAGAUACCGUCUUCGAUGGUCAACAAAGAAACAUCGAAAGUACCACCACCCAAGUCAAAGAUCAAAACGUUCUUUUCACCUUCGUCCUUCUUGUCCAAACCGUAAGCAAUGGCAGCGGCGGUUGGUUCGUUGAUGAUUCUCAAAACGUUCAAACCAGCAAUGGUACCAGCAUCCUUGGUUGCUUGUCUUUGGGAAUCGUUGAAGUAAGCUGGAACGGUAACAACGGCAUCGUUGACCUUGCAACCCAAGUAGGAUUCAGCAGUUUCCUUCAUCUUGGUCAAGAUCAUAGAAGAGAUUUCUUCUGGAGUGAAGACCUUGGUUUCACCCUUGUAUUCGACUUGGAUUUGUGGCUUACCAGAAACCUCGACAACCUUGAAUGGGAAGUGCUUGAUAUCACCUUGGACUUCAGGGUCAGAGAAGUUUCUACCGAUCAAACGCUUAGCGUCGAAAACGGUGUUAGCUGGGUUCAUAGCAGCUUGGUUCUUAGCAGCAUCACCAAUCAAUCUUUCGGUGUCAGUGAAGGCAACGAAAGAUGGAGUGGUUCUGUUACCUUGGUCGUUGGCCAAAAUUUCAACACGAUCGUUAGAAAAGUGGGCAACACAGGAGUAGGUGGUACCCAAAUCAAUACCAACAGCCUUAGACAUAUUUGCUUAAUUUAUUAA